CUUAAAAAGGGGUCUCCACUCGCCGUUUGGGUUUCACUCCAGAAUUGAAGGGGAGAAGCGCUUGAAUAUUAUAAUCAAAAUAUUUGAUCUCCUUUUCUUUCUCAAUCUCUUCCUCUGGAGUCACCAUUAUCAGUUUGUGAAGGCAGCAGACCAGAGCAAUAAUGGGUGCCGGAGGACGCAUGACGGCCAAAGAGCGUGAGGCCCAACAACUCUGUCGCAAUGUCGUUCAUCGCGUCCCAACUGAGAAGCCUCCCUUCACUCUUGGCCAGCUCAAGAAAGCCAUCCCUCCCCAUUGCUUUGAGCGCUCUGUUCUUCGCUCCUUCUCCUAUGUUGUUUAUGACUUCAUCAUCGUCUCAGCCCUCCUCUAUCUCGCCCUUUGCCACAUCCCCAACCUCCCUUCGCCCUUCAAUUACAUCGCUUGGCCAUUGUACUGGAUGUGCCAAGGUUGUGUCCUGACUGGCAUCUGGGUCAUCGCCCAUGAAUGCGGUCACCAUGCAUUCUCCGACUACCAACUCCUUGAUGAUAUUGUUGGUCUUGUCCUUCAUUCUGCCCUCUUGGUCCCGUACUUCUCAUGGAAAUACAGCCAUCGUCGCCAUCAUUCGAACACUGGCUCUUUGGAGCGUGACGAGGUGUUCGUUCCCAGACCCAAAUCUUCACUGCCUUGGUUCUCCAAGUACCUCAACAAUGCCCCUGGCAGGUUCCUCUUCCUCUUUGUCAGCCUCACCAUGGGCUGGCCUCUGUACUUGGCAUUCAAUGUCUCUGGCCGCCCUUAUCCCCGAUUUGCAUGCCACUAUGAUCCCUAUGGCCCGAUCUACUCCGAUCGCGAGCGUGCUCAGAUUUUCAUCUCCGAUGCUGGUGUUAUUGCAGUCUUUUAUGCGCUGUAUAAGCUGACCGUUGCGUUCUCGUUGGGCUGGGUGAUUAGAAUCUAUGGCGUGCCUUUGCUAGUUGUCAAUGGUUGGUUGGUGCUGAUCACAUAUUUACAGCACACUCACGCUGCUUUGCCACACUAUGAUUCAUCAGAGUGGGACUGGCUGAGGGGUGCGUUGGCCACCAUCGACAGAGACUAUGGAAUUCUCAACAAGGUAUUCCACAACAUUACCGAUACCCAUGUUGCCCACCAUCUAUUCUCGACGAUGCCACAUUACAAUGCAAUGGAGGCAACCAAGGCGAUCAAGCCAAUACUUGGGGAGUACUACCAGUUUGAUGGGACUCCCGUGUACAAGGCAAUGUAUCGGGAGGCGAAGGAGUGUGUGUACGUGGAGUCCGAAGGAGAUAAGAGCAAGGGAGUCUACUGGUACAACAACGAGCUUUGAGUAGUUGUUGAGUAGUUCAGUCCUCUCUCUGCUUUUGUUUGUGUCCGUGUGUGUUUAGUUUGUAGCUGGUCCUGCUUUUAUCUUCUUCUGGCGUCAGUUUGUUGUGUGGGGAUAAAGAAGAAAGCCUUGGACAAUGAGGACUAAAUUUCAGAGUUCUUGUAUCUUUGUUUGUACUCUAUGCGUCAAGGUUUAAGAGUUCAUUGCAAGUAUAAAUGCAAUAAGACUGUUAUAGUUUUGAUUUUUUGUU